AGUUGCCCUAAGAAUUCGUCCUUUGAGCGAAAAAGAAACAAUCCAAGGUUGUACCGAGUGCCUAACGCUUAUCCCUGAUGCCCCACAGCAGAUUCUCAUCGGCACCGACCGCUCAUUCACUUUUGACUACGUUUUUCCUUCGGAUACCGAGCAAGAUGAAGUUUUUUCAGAUUGUGCUAUAUCUCUUCUUGACAAAUUUGUUGAAGGUCAAACUGGUAGUGGUAAAACAUAUAGUAUGGGUACAGCCCUUGAUGGCUCAAAUGCAUCACCUGAACACAUAGGUGAAUCCGCGGGUAUGGUCCCACGUUCAAUACAUCGUCUAUUCGAUGACCUUAAUAAUCGAAAAUCAAAAAAUCCUUCCUAUCAAUUCGAGGUUUUUGUAACUUUUCUAGAAUUAUAUAAUGAAGAUCUAGUGGAUUUAUUAAAUCCACAAAAUCGCGAAAAUGUUAAAAAAGGAAAAAAUGAUUUAAUGAUAAGAGAAGAUUCAAAUGGUCAAAUCUAUUGGGCCGGUGUUAAAGAAAUUCCUGUAAACUCUCCAAAAGAACUCUUAGAGCAACUACAACAAGGUUCUUCAUAUCGAACAGUUGCAUCCACUGAUAUGAACAUGGUAUCUUCACGGUCGCACGCCAUUUUUUCCGUUAUCCUAAAACAAACAAGAGUUGAAAAUAUUGAUGAUGAUAAAGAAAAUUGCGCUAUAGCCGCUGAAACGACUUCAAAAAAGAAAAAACCUAAAACUUUAACUUCUAAAAUAACGUCAAAGUUUCACUUUGUAGAUUUGGCCGGUUCUGAAAGACUAAAAAGAACUAAUGCUGUGGGUGAUCGCGCAAAAGAAGGUAUAGCAAUCAAUGGAGGUCUUUUGGCUCUAGGAAAUGUUAUCAGUGCUCUUGGUGAUGAAUCACGGAAGGCUACUCAUGUUCCAUAG